CCCAUCUUCUCUACCUCCGGAUACGCCUGCGAUGAUUGUGCACGUCCCCCUCCUCGUCUUCCUGCUCGCCAACGUCGCCCCCACCGACGCCGGGCUCUUCUCGCGCAGCUCCGACUCCUCGCUCUCCCGCGCCGCCCGACACGCGCGCCGUAACGCAAUCAAGCAGAGCAGCGGCCUCUGGGACGACAUCCGCCUCGCGUACACGGGCAUGUUCCAGCAGAAGCCCCAAGUCCUGCAAUCGAAGCUGUACUGCACGAACAAUGCGGGCACGGGGCUCUCCGGACUCGGGCUGAACAACACGAGCGGGGCGGAUGGAAACGAUGGGGACGGGGACGGGUCUCAUACGACCAGUGGGUCAUCGCAUACGACCGAGGCUCCGAGUGCGUCCUCACCGGCUUCGGUUUCCGUUACAGAGACUGGGACGGCGCCGUCGUCCACAACGACGUCAUCUGGCGCGCCGUCUGGUUCGGGAAGUUCUUCUUCUCCGUGGAAAGUGGCCCAAAGCUACGAGGGGAGCUCUUUCUUUGACGGAUGGGUCUUCACCAAUGCGCCUGACGACACGACCCAUGGAAUCGCGCAGUACGUGGACCAAGGGACAGCGCAAUCGGCCGGCUUGAUCGAGGUCAAUGGCGCCGGAAACGCCGUCAUGCGGGUCGAGACGACACCCACCGUCUCGGGCAACCGCAUGAGCAUCCGCAUCACCACGGAGUACACCUACACCGGCGGCCUCAUCAUCAUGGACGCCGUGCACAUGCCUACCGGGUGCGGAACGUGGCCGGCGUUCUGGAGCAACGGCCCCAACUGGCCCGCCGGCGGAGAGAUCGACAUGGUCGAAGGCGUCAACGACUACACGAACGUCCAGGUCACGCUCCACGCCGAGCCGGGCUGCACGAUGUCCUCCGCGGACCCCAACGUGCUCGGCAUGACCGGGUCCGUCAUCACGUCCACCGACUGCGGGGUCAGCGGUACGUCGAACAGCGGCUGCGGUGUGCGCGCGAGCCAGACGAACUCGUACGGCGCGGCGUUCAAUGACAUCGGUGGCGGCGUCUAUGCCACGUUGUGGGACGACGACGGCGUCAAGACGUGGUUCUUCCCUCGCAGCGCCAUCCCGAGCGACAUCGCCAACGGCGCGCCGCAGCCCACGGGCUGGGGCAGCCCUGUCGCCUCGUUCCCCUCCAGCUCGUGCGCCCCGUUCAGCAAGUACUUCUACCAGCACACUGCGAUCUUCGACACGACCCUGUGCGGCGACUGGGCCGGCAACGUAUGGUCAGCCGACAGCUCCCCAGGGCAGAGCCAGACCUGCGCCCAGAGCACCGGCGUGGCGGCCUGUGUGGACUUUGUCCGCGGGAACGGCUCGGCUUUCGACCAAGCCUACUGGGAAGUGAAGAGCGUCAAGAUCUACCAGAGCUCAUGACGCGCGGCGCCCCGCCACACACCAUGCACCCCCCCUCUCUCGCUCGUUCUUGGACACACACGGGUGACAAGGGUCACCGGCACUGCAGCGCGCCACCCUGGACGAUCGGACGCUCCUACGCCCCUAUUAGGCCCAGCGUGCCCGAUCUCCGAUCGUCCACAUCCUCCAGGCUCGUGGCUCGCUUGGAGGGCGGCGCACGCGACCGCACUACGUGUCGCAUUGCUCUCCGUGUGGAACGGCUCCGCGCGCACAACAUAGAGGUUGCCUGCCGACGACUCAAGAUGGCAUGGCAUGAGGCAGGGCCCGGACCUGUCUCCUGCUACCGACACUGUGCACUGACAAACGACAUCACGACGCUCACGCUCACGAAUCACAUACACAACGCACUAUCCCGCACACUGCUUAUGGACGCUGUUGGGCUUCUCUGUUGUAUCGUCGCGGGUCGGAGCAUACUUCAUAUAGACUGCAGGUGUUGUCCGUGUUGUACUAUCUGCUUAUUGUAUUAUAACUGUCGCUGCCAUUAUGCUGUCCC